AUGGCCCCGGAGGCCCCAGAUCCCCAGAGCCUGAAAUCAUGGCAGGAUGCAUUCCAAUACCCGAUCCCUACCGUCCGUCGGGUGGAACAGGAAUUGCGCCGCGACAUCGCAAGCAAUAAGGAGAAGCUCCGAGCUCUCGUGGGUACUCGAUACCGAGAGCUUGUUGGGACGGCCGAAACCAUUGUUGUGAUGAAUAAGGAGAUUCAGAACGUGGAUUCAAUAUUGUCUGACGUUGGACGACGAUGCAAUCCGCGCUUGGUCGAAAAGAAACACCUGCAUGCUCGACAGAUGAAGCGGGAUAUGGUAGAAAAAGAUGCCGAUAAGCAUACGUUUGGGGCCCAGCUGGCUCUCCUCCAUCGGUGUACAACAUCAAUUGCGCGACUGUUGCGACGACGUGCCUCUCUUUUAUUAAUCGCGAAGAUCUUGGUCGUCUCGCGUCUUCUGCACAAGACCCUCUCUCAGCAGGAAUCGAUCCCGCCAUUCCUCGAUGACCUCCGCAAGCAACUGGCGUCUUUGCGUCUUACCCUCUUGAAUCGAAUUGAUAAACGUCUGGCAUCUUCAAAUGCCACCGAAGAAACGAUUAUCGAAUCCCUGGCCGCUUAUUGUCUUGUUUCAAGCACUUCAUCCGACGAGGCUAUACACAAAUUCCAUCAAGUGCGCCUUGGCGUUAUCACCAGUCAGCUAGAGAAGUCGCGCGAGAACAUUCCCAAGACACUUCGCAUUCUUGUUGCCACCUUGCAAACUUCCAAAGUGCUCCGAUCUCGCCAAUUCACCGAUGUACUAUCAAAACUCAAGUCUAGACCGGUCUUAUCCGACCCAGAGAUUCGCAACUUGGAUGGCCUGGAGAUCGAGAUUCUUGGCCGUUUCGCAGCCCCCGGCGUCAUCAACUUCACGCCAUAUAUCAAAUUGAGCGAUUUAAGCCGCAGCGAAGGUGUGGAUUCAAUCAAAGAGUGGUCUUUAACCGCGUUUGAGAAAUUCGCCGAAGGUUGUCUAAAGAGUCUUGCUCAUAGCAAUGACUUUCAGGAACUUUUGUCUUUGCGUACCGAAACAUUUGAGCUUUGGCUGGAAUCAUGGGGAUCUACUAUUAUGCACCGCUCAGUGAACGUACUUGAGCGCCUUCGUGGUGUUUUUAAUGACAAUCUCAAGCGCGUGCUGACGACGAAAGUGGAAACAAUCGACGAACUGUCUGGACAUAUCUCUACGACAAUCUCAUCUUGGCAAAAUUCACAACACCACAACUCAAAUGGGUCACUGUGGGACUCGGAUAUGAUCUCUGCCGACUACUCCAACGGCGCUGCAACUUUCAAGCAGUCUGUCACUGACAGGCUCCUUGGUCGUGAUGCUGAUGUAUCCGCGGUUCUGGUCAAAUAUCAAUCCUGGCUCGCUUCUAUUCGGGACGUGAAUCAAUCUAUUGAUACACUUCGCCGGCUUAGAUGGACCGAUGUUCUCGUGGGUAGUGAAGUUGAAGAUGACGAUAUCAACAUAACGCCUCAACUCAACGAGGAAGAUCCACGCCUGUUGUCCGAUUCUUUACAAGCUGCCAUGCGUGAAGCAUUUAACACUCUCCAGGUUUCGUUCAGCGAGGCCUUUAACGCAUUCGGGUCAUCGCACCAGAGCGAAAAGGCUACGUUUUUGCUGCGACUCAUUCGACUCGUCCGUCGCGAUAUUCCUACUGGCUUUGUUGCCGACGACUUCCUCUUCUCUAGUGAUGUUGUGCCGGGUCUGCAGAAACUUCUUGCUGCAGAAAUUGUGGCCCAAACUGGCUCCCUAUCCUUUGUGCCAUCGUCCAAUACCCACCCAGAGACCAAGAAGCUCAAGAUUGUUCCCGGUCGAUCCCUCUGGGAAGGCGAACCUCCAGUUCCGGUCCAACCGUCUCCAGGUGCAUUCAAAUAUUUACGUCGCCUGGCAGCUAUCAUGGACGAAAACGGAUCUGAUCUGUGGGACCCGUCGACUUUGAGAGUCUUGAAGGAAGCACUGCAAACACAGCUCGAGACCCUGAUCGGUUCCACGCUGGAUGAGCUGGACAACUGGAAAUCUCCAAUUAAACCCAGCGAGUCAUCGGAGACCAAGGAUGAGGAUCCCCAGAAGGAUGAGAAGGAAGACAACAAGAAGGACGCCUCCGAUGACUCCUCUCGCUCUGAUACCAUCCGCGACUGGAAAAUUCAACUCUUCUUCGACGCCGUCUACCUUGCUCACAUGCUGGGCGACCCGGCUCAGCUGGCUGAUGUCGCAGGUCGUGUCCAGAAGAGUGCUGACGCCAACCCGGAAAUGUUGAAGUCGAUGCAGAAGAUGGGGCAGGAGUAUUGGAAGCGGACUGAGUUGUUGUUUGGAUUGUUGGCAGAGCGAUAG